AUGGAAUCAACAACAACAAUUGUUAGGGAGAGUGCAGUACUUGAUGCUUUGAGAAAUGCCAUACUAUCGUUGAAUUCAACAAUUCACGGAGGAAUCGACGAACAAAGUUCUUUCUUAUACCGAUCAAUCCUCCAUGACACCUCGUUAAACUCCAAAGAAAAAUCCGCUGCAUUAAUUCAACUAAAUCAUUUGGUGGAUGUUUAUAAAGUGUCGUUUAAAGAUGGUCCAAACGAAGAAUGGUUACCUGAAAGCCACUCGUUAUAUCGCUCCGGUCCAAAAGAUGUCAUAUUAAAACGUCUAGACAAUUUCAAAAAUCAUGGAAAUGAUUGGUUUGAAGAGGCCGAAUCAUAUCUUACAUUAAAUAUGAAACUGGGAUAUGUUGUAACAUGUUACGGUAUCACCAAAGACCCAACCACAUCAGACUACAUGAUCGUCAUGCGUAAAAUGGAUUAUGACUUGAAAGAGUUUGUUAAAGACAAUGCCAACAAUGUUUCAAAUUUGAGUUGGUCAAAAAAAUAUAGUAUAAUAAAGAAAAUCGCUGAUUGUCUAUUACAUAUUCAUGAAGCAAAUUCCAUACAUAAAAACUUGCACUCUGGAAAUGUUUUGUAUUCUAGUGAAUUGAAAGAUUGGAAACCGAAUGCUGAGUACAUUUAUAAUAGAAUUAUAGAAAUACUUGAUCGUUAUUAUGGCGAAGACAAACUUGAAGCUGAUGAAGGCAUUGAAUUAUUAGAAAGAAAAGAAGAACCAUGUUUAAUGCAAUCAAGUAGAUUGUAUAGAUUUAAAAAUUUACCAAAGCCCAGAAAUGCAAAUAGUAGUAAUAGCGAUAAUAACAACAAUAGCAACCAACAAAUUGGUUCUUGUCAUAAAAGAAAUUAUAGUUUUCAAUUCUCCGAAGAUAUUUAUACUGUCUCAUAA